AUGCCCUUAGUCAAUCAGUCACCAUUUGCUAUCGAUAUUUGCCCAAAAGCAGAAAAUCGGAGGUACGGGUAUGACUUCCAUGAGAACUGGUGCGCACACAUGGCGCAUUUAGCACUAUGGAAUGUAGCCAAAAGUCGCAUUGACCCUGACAAACCCGAUUAUAUCUUUGAUACAAACUGCUGCAUGAAUACAGUGGCGUUUUGCGAUGAAGAUGCACCUCUAGUUGCUGGGGGAACUGUUUCUGGCGAAUUGGUUAUUUGGAGUCUCUCAACGGAAAACGGCAGUCGUGUUGCCACAUGUGGUUGCGUUGAGGGAGGACACCAGGACUCAAUCACUGGGAUAUUUUGGCUUUCACGAAAGAGUCUCAACGCCUACGCCUCCAACCUAACUAUGGAGUAUCAUCUGGUGACUGUUGGGGCUGAUGGUCGUAUUAUUUGCUGGAUCCUUCAAAGGGAUCGUGCAGCAGUGUUCACUUUGAAGUCGGUGAAAAUCUAUCAGGUCACGGGAAAAGACCAGUCAAGUAGACUACAGCAAGAUGUCUACACUUGCAAUAACUGUGACGAGAGCCUUGGAUCGGAUGGGGCAAAUAUUCCUCCUCCACAGAUAUACAACAUCCUUGACCGUACCCGACUCUACACGCUGGCUACGGAGGAGGGUCAAAUUUUUACAUUACACUUCCUUCGAAGCCCGCCUUCUCGAAGCUACCAACACCGAUCACUCUUGGCCUACGGUUCUGCACGCGGGACAGUCGCGAUUUACGAUCUCUGCUGUAACGGCGACGUUAGCGGGGACACCACUGAAAGUGAGGAUUUCACGCCCAUUAAACGUUGUGUGUUGCAAUGUCACAAAGAAAUGUGCACUGCUAAUCCUGUCAUCUGCAUGGCCUCGACCGACAGCGUGUAA